GCGCGGUGGCAGCCGGGACAUUGGCGGACUGUGUGCCUGCGCUGAGCAAAGCUGCAUGUCCCCAGUGUCCGCUCCGGUCGCCCGGUUAGGAAUGCGUUUCACGUAGUCGCUGUGUGGUGUAAUAUUUGAUUAAACACCAGCAGAGACCGCGCUUCGAUACGAGUCAUGGUUUCGCGUCCUUUGUACCUUUAGUAUCUUCGCGCGCGAGCUUGAUUCAUUGAGCUAGCUGCCGUUAGCCCGCUUCGUUGAUUCGUAGCACGCGCUAGUCAGUGGAGCUACUUCGAAGCUGCGCUGCGACCAGGAGGAGACGACUUGACUGCUGAACCACAGCCGGCGUUUGUGACAGGAGGAGGUGGUGUCGGUGGUGGGGCCGGGAGAACGCGACGGGGUGGAAGUGAGUCAGGAGCGGCUGAUGAGUUCAGACCAGAGCGGAGAGCCGCCGCUGCUGCAGGAGGAGGCUGAUCCCGGACCGAAGAGCGGUGGGAAGGACGAGGCUCCGCUGGGGAGUGAGGGAGGCUCGAGCGGCAUGGUCACCUCAAAGGGUGCUGGUUUGAACCCAAAUGCCAAGGUGUGGCAGGAGAUCCCUAUGGCCCCCAGCGAAGCUGUUCCCAGCAGUCCUCAUUGGCCUCCCGCCGACAUCAGUUAUUCAGAAACUUCAUCAUCUGGGUGCAAGCAGUACACUGUGGGAUACACCACCCUGGGUGACAGCGGCUCCACAGCAACAGCUGAGAUAGCAGUAAAUGGAAUGGACCCUCAAGAGUUGGGCUUUUCCCCCGCUGAGUCCACGACGGGGAGCUCAGACUCUAAAACUGAAGAACAACAAAUCUCCUCUGAGAAUCUACGAGAGUCUCUGAAAAAAGAGCUCGAGUUUUAUUUCUCUAGAGAAAACCUCUCCAAGGAUUUGUACCUCAUGUCUCAGAUGGACAGCGAUCAGUUUGUUCCUAUUUGGACUAUAGCCAGCAUGGAGGGCAUCAAGGUCCUUACCACUGACAUGGACCUCAUCCUGGAUGUGUUGAGAUCCUCUCCUAUGGUACAAGUGGAUGAGAAGGGGGAGAAGGUACGACCUAAUCAUAAGAGAUGCAUUAUCAUCUUGAGAGAAGUCCCUGAAACGACACCUGUUGAGGAAGUUGAGUCAUUGUUCAAAAAUGACAAUUGUCCGAAGGUGAUAAGUGUUGAGUUUGCGCACAACAACAACUGGUACAUCACAUUCCAGUCGGACACGGAUGCUCAACAGGCAUACAAGUACUUAAGAGAGGAAGUAAAAACAUUUCAGGGAAAACCCAUCAUGGCCAGGAUAAAGGCCAUCAACACGUUUUUUGCAAAGAAUGGGUAUCGUAGUCUGGACAGCAGCCUAUACACUCAGCAGUCUCAGAACCAGUCCCAGUACAGCUCCCCACUCUACAUGCAGCACAUGUACCCCCAGCAGCAGUACCCCGUUUAUGGCAUUGUACCUCCCACCUGGACACCUACACCCACACCCUAUUUUGAAACCCCUCUGGCGCCAUUUCAAAACAGCAGUUUUGUGAAUGGAUUUGGCGCUGCGGGACACUACAAAACAAGCUCCGCCGCUCUUAACAUAACUCGCCCAUUCAACAGAAACCGAAACCAGAUAAAGCCCCAAGGGAGAUCGGCUGAGGUGUCGCCUGCAUCUAUAACGCCGGUCCCGCUGGAGUGUCUGGGUGGACUGCGCAGUCCACAACCUUCAGUUGUAGCUGCUGCUGCUGCUAACCCAAUCCAAACAACCUCCGACCCUGCAUUCUCACAGCUCUCCUCCCCUUCCUCGUCUUUGGAUCUGAGUGAUGACACGGGCUCAGCCGGACGUGGAAGGUAA